GUAGCCACACCCCUCACUUACGCUACGCGAGUCGAAUAUCUGGGUGGUUACUACGUUCUUGCUCCCCAAACGAGAGAAUGGACGCACUGAAGCUAUUGAAAGAAGAGGCUAACAGAAAAAGGAAAGUCAUUCAGGAGGCGGCGGCAUCAAAGGGCAAGAAGUACAUGAAAAGAGGGGACCUUGAGGCGCUGCAGAUGGGGGAGAGGAGAGGGGAGGGGGGAGUAAGGAGAUCAGAGAGGAGUUGGGGGAGGGGAGUGGGGUAGUGGUGAGUCCGACUACCCCAACUCCGGCCACUCCGGGGGAUGAUAACCCCAUCUUUGCCAUCCCGAGAGCCGAGAUUAAGACGUGCGAUACUAUCGCCCAUCCUCUCUCAGAACAUUCUAGAACAUGUGUUUCUUGUCUUGCGUGGCUAGACACAUUGGCUGCCUAACACUAUAGCAGACCACAGGUGAUUCGAAGGCUCCGCGAAAGAGGAGGGCCAAUCAGAUUGUUUGGUGAGACGGACAAAGACAGUGUGUCUUAGACUCAGGCAAAUAGAGAUUUUGGCUCCUGAAGUGAACAAAGGUCUGAGGAAUGACCUGAAAGAUGCUAUGGAUAAAGUGGACCAGGAAUACCUCACAGAGAUAGCCAUGCAACAGGGAGAUGAUGGAGCAGAAGGAGCUGAACUACGAGUCAGAGAUGACGGAACUACUCUCGAUGACAUCAUGAAAGUCUGGUCUGGGUUUGGCAGCUCUCCAACUGAUGCCCAGAGACAAGAACUCUGCCUCAAGACCUUCAUAUUCAUGCUAAAGGAGUGGGCAGCCGAACUAAAUGCCAGACCCAUGACCGAGAAACGCAGCUACCAGGGUAAGUUGGACAGUGCCACAUUCAAACAGACUGAGACUUAUCUGCAGCCACUCUUCAAGAAGCUCAGGAAGAAGUCCAUAGCAGCAGACAUCCUGUCAUUCCUGGCAGACAUUUGUGGGAACAUCCUGGAGAGGGAAUACGUGAAGGCCAACGGCAUCUACCUCCAGAUGGCCAUUGGGAACGCCCCGUGGCCCAUCGGUGUGACUAUGGUGGGUAUCCACGCCCGGACGGGGAGGGAGAAGAUCUUCUCCCAGCAGAUUGCCCACGUACUCAACGAUGAGACUCAGAGGAAAUAUAUUCAGGGAGUGAAGCGACUGAUGACAUUCUGCCAGAGAAAGUACAGCACUGUCCCCUCAAAUGUGUGGAAUACAUCAAACCAAGAGCUAGCUAGUCUACAACCCCUCUCUCUCCUCUAUCCCUUAUCCCUCUCUAAUGUCCACCCAAGAAAGAACAUAUAUACAGCUUCAUCUUUUCGUGGUUGAACAGAGUGCAUCAUUCAUUGUCCCGUCUUUCAUUUUGUGUCUUGUUCAUGUUUGGAAGUGGAAUAUUGAGCCAAUUUUUGCAUGGCUGGUAAUAAUGCAUUGAAGCUUACAUUUUACAAGAGUUGGUUCUGAACCCACGAAAUCUUGUGCGACUGAUGAAUAGAAAUUGGCUGAGGAUAAAAAAUGAUGACGUGUCAAAGUUGAUAGUUUCUGAACUUGCUGACUCUUUUUCCUCCUCCUCCACUCCUCCUGAACUGUCGCAGCGCUUCACAUGGUUGCUCUCUCCCUCCUCCACUCUCUCCCCUCUCAACCCCCUCACCAUUCUCCGCCGUGCGGCUCUAGUGACGCCACACGGCGCGCGCCCCCACCCCAGU